AUAUUUUGAAUUUUGAUCAAAGAAGGGUUUCUUUCGAUUGAAACUUGAGACAGUAUAUUAGUAGAUAGGAAGAAAGAAAAGAGAGGGAGAAUUUGGAGAGACGAAGCCCGCUCUUGUUUAACUUCAAAACCCUUCCCAUUUGCCUUACCGUACCCACUCCCUCUCUCUUUGUCCGAGCUUUAUUUUUAUUUUCAUUUUUUUAGGAUUUUUUUUAAAAGAGGAAAAAAAAAAACAAAAGAAAACAAACUUCGGAAACCAAAACCCCACAAUCGCCACUAUCUUGUCAGUUUUCACUCUCUUUCUCUUUCUUCCCUUCACCGUCUCCCCCUCCAAGAGACUAAGUAAGAGAAAAACCAAACUCCACAGUUUUUCUCAAACCCAAAAAAAAAAAAGGAAAAAGAGUUGAAAAAUCUCCAUGGAUCUUUAUAAUACAACCAACGUUUUGUUCAGCAAAAUCAAGAUUUUGGACCCAGAAAAUGCUUCAAAGAUCAUGGGUUACAUCCUUAUCCAAGACUUAGCAGAAAGGGAUUUGUUGCGUUUAGCCUUUGGUCCUGAAACCCUUUUACAGUCGCUUGUUUUCAAGGCUAAAGCUCACUUAGGACUUUCUUCAAGUACUUUCUCUACUCCUUUGAACCCAAUCUCAAGACCCAACAGUUCCAACUCCAACAAUUCCCAAAGCCUACUUCCUCCAUCAUCUCCUAGCCUCAUUCCAAUAAAUGGGUUCUUGGAUUUUUCAAAGAAGGUGCCUUCUUGGUCUCCUACUAGCAGCCCCAAGUCAAGUCCUUUUCUUUCUUAUGAAAAGAUCCACUCUGGGUCUCUCUUAGUUCCUCCAAGGGCUGGGGAUAACAACACUGCUUUUAUUGAUGAGAAUCAAAUGAGUGAUUAUUUUUCUUUCUUGAACGAUUCUUCCUCUUCUAAGAAUGAGGAAUUUGUUGGUCAUAGAAGGAAUUUUUCAGCAAGUGAUGCAUGUUUUGCGACAGCUGAAGAAGCCGGUGGAUUUGAUGGUCUUGUAGGUGGUUACAAGCCUUGUCUUUAUUUUGCUAGAGGGUUUUGUAAGAAUGGUGAUAAUUGUAAGUUUUCACAUGGCGUUGGUGUUUCAGCUGAAAAUGUUGAUGUUAAUGGUGUUAUUCUUGGUUCACCUAGUAAAAUGGACCUUCUUUAUCAUCAACAUGAGGAAAUGAUGAGAAUGAGAGCAGCAGCUCAUCAGCAAAGAGUGGCUGCUGCGCAGUUGAUGGCUGGUGUUUCUUCUCCCUUGCCAUACGAAAGAAAAACGAAUCUUAUCUUGCAACAGCAAACUGAUACACAGAGAGCUGCUACAUUGAUGUUGGGUGAAGAAAUUUGCAGGUUUGCCCAGGGCCGAUCUGAGAGAAAUGAUGUUUUGGCAAUGGGAUUGGCAGAAAAAGCUAACUCAGCUUCAAAACAGAUUUACCUGACUUUUCCUGCGGAUAGUACAUUUAAAGACGAAGAUGUUUCAAACUACUUCAGCAUGUUUGGACUAGUGCAAGAUGUGAGGAUCCCUUACCAGCAGAAGCGGAUGUUUGGUUUUGUUACUUUUGUCCACCCAGAGACUGUGAAGCUCAUUUUGGCGAGAGGAAACCCCCAUUACAUUUGUGAUUCACGUGUGCUUGUUAAGCCCUACAAGGAAAAAGGAAAAGUUCCUGAUAAGAGGCAAUACCCGCAACAACAGUUUGAGAGAGGGAAUUUUUCUCCAUGUUCAAGCCCUUCAGUGCUUGACUCUAGGGAGCCAUAUGACCUUCAUGUUGGGGCAAAGAUGUUCUACAAUGCACAGGAGAUGAUGUUGAGAAGAGAAUUGGAAGAGCAAACCGAAAUCCAGGAAGCUAUUGAACUGCAAAGGAGCAGGUUCAUGAACUUGCAACUUCCAGACUUCAAGAAUGAUGGUAUUCAUCGUCAUCAGCGCAGCCUAUCUGUUGGUGCUUCUGUUUCCUUGCCUGCUUAUUCCCAUGUCUGUGAAAAUGUUCAUCCAUCUGAAAGCAUUAAACAAGAAGUCUCAGAAGUCAACGGUGAUAAUACAGCUGUUGCUGUUCCGUCAACUAUGAAUGCUGCUGAGCAGGAAGAAGUGAAUUCAGCUUGUGUUCAGAAAGAUGGAGUUGGAAAUACCCAAGAGUGUUCCAACCCCAAAGGAUACCAUGAGAGCAGUGUAGAGCAUCCACUUCCUGAUAGCCCUUUCGCUUCACCAAAAAAAUCUAUUGAAAAUCACCUCUCUGAGUUUCCUUCUGUUUUGGUGGAAGUAAAUGAAAGUCCUGCUUUAUGUGCUACUUCAUCUUCUGAAAGUUAUCCAUUACUGCCCAUCUCUUCUACUAGUGACAUGGCCUCCGCUUAAGUUGUCCUCUUCUUAAUUCCAAGGUUUUAUCAUGAGCCUGAAGCCAAUGAACUGUAGGAAAUAAAGAAAAGUAGAGAAGCAUAUACAAGAAGUAUCCCCUAGAUGUGUACAGCCAGAUUUAUAGAAUGAAGAGUAGAUCUGUAGAGAAUAUCUCGACAAGAUCAUCAUCAUCAUCAUCAUCAUCAUCUUCAAUACGAUACUACUAACAGCAAAUGCAUAUUGGAACAUAAAGAAUAGAUGAACUGAUUUUUGAGUGUAGGGCUUCUCUUUUCUCCCUUUGCACUCCUUUUGUAGGUUGUUUUCCAACAAACAAAAGCUGAAGAAAACAAGGAUAGUUGUUGUAUUGUCAAUCUAUGCAUCUUCUUUCACCUUAUGUGAUAAAAACAUUAUGUAAAGUUGACUUGUAUGAAUAGACUUUGA